CCUCCCUCUGCCUUUUUAAGGGACGCCCUCCAGGCAGAGCUGUCAGCCACCCCAGGCCCUCUGCACUUGGCCGCGACUGGGCUGUCUCCCGCCUGCGUGACAGUCAGGGGCCGGAGCGGAAUUAGCCGUUGGUCCCCGAGAACUGCACGUGGAGAGCCAAGCUCAGUUCCCGGCUCUGCCGGGUACCGGGCGACAGCCCACGAUCGGGACACUGCCCGGCCCUGGAGUUGGUCGUUCAGGGCUCGACGGCCCGCAAGAAUAGCGGGGUGGGAGGCAGCCCGGCCCCGGGUGCUCCUAGCGCGAUGAGCCUGGCUAAAGGCGGCCGCUGCUUCAGUCGCAGCCUACGCGGUGGCCUCCCGCGAUCCCUGGUCCCCUCACCCUCGCGCACCAUGCUGACCUCCGGCCAGCGGAGCCCGCAGAGCAGCCCACGCCUCCUGCCCAGCCGCUGCUAACCCACGAGAACGCGUUCUUGACCGGGAGGUCAACUGGCCGCGUGGUGCUUCGGGGAGGCGGAACCGUGGUCCCCUGGAGCUCCGGCUCCGCCCUCCGAUUCUCCAGCUGCCACCGGGUGCGGGGCGGCGAUGGGGGCGCUGCUGGCGUUCUGUCUGUUCGUGGGCUUGCUGCGUUGGGGCCCGGCGGGCGCGCAGCAGCCUGGGGAAUACUGCCACGGCUGGGUGGACGCGCAGGGCAACUAUCACGAGGGGUUCCAGUGCCCCGAGGACUUCGACACGCAGGACGCCACCAUCUGCUGCGGCUCGUGUGCGCUGCGCUACUGCUGCGCGGCAGCCGACGCCCGGUUGGAGCAGGGGGGCUGCACCAACGACCGCGGAGAGCUGGAGCAUCCUGGCAUCACCGCGCAGCCUGUCUACGUCCCCUUCCUGAUCGUCGGCUCCAUCUUCAUUGCCUUCAUCAUUUUGGGCUCUUUAGUGGCUAUCUAUUGUUGCACCUGUUUGAGACCCAAGGAGCCCUCUCAGCAGCCCAUCCGCUUCUCGCUCCGAAGCUAUCAGACAGAGACCUUGCCCAUGAUCCUCACCUCCACCAGCCUCAGAGCAGCUUCCAGGCAGUCCAGCACCGCCACCAGCUCCAGCUCCACGGGAGGAUCUGUGCAGAGGUUCUCCUUUGCCAGGGCUGAGCCAAGCUGCCUGGUGCCCUCAUCACCCCCACCUUACACCACUGGUCACACCAUACACCUAACCCAACCGUCCGGUUUCCUGGUAUCACCCCAGUAUUUUGCAUACCCUCUCCAGCAGGAGCCCCCAUUACCUGGGAAGAGCUGUCCGGAUUUCAGUUCCAGUUGAUGGGUCGAUGGCUGUGAAUAGGCCACACAGGGAAGGCCAGCCAGGUGGAGUGCUGCUGUCUCGGCCAAGCCACGCUCACUUCUGAGGAGAUGUGUGGUAACCCACCAUGCUCAUGGAAGAAAGGGCCGGAAAGACUCAGCGCUUUCUGGUCUUGAGUUUCUUGGCUAUAAUGACAGGAGGUCUGACUUAGCAAUCACAGCGAACGUGACAACCUAGUCACCUUUUGUUAAAAUAGUCAGCAGCUUGAUGUUCAGUUUGCAAGUUGAAAGAAAAUAUUUUACUGGACAAUUCAUCUACCCUUUGUAGAAAAAUGCCCUGUGUUCCUUUUCCUGAGUUGAAUUGUAGUACAAAUAUAUACAUAAAUAAGGAAGGACAUACACUUAACUGUAAUUAUAAAGGUUCACUUAAAAAUUAACUAUUAAGUAAACUCGAAGGGCCAGGCAACUACCUAUUUAUAAUUUUUGGAGCAACCUAACUAUAAGCAAUAUUAGUACGAUGAGAACAUUUACUUCUUAAAUUAAUAACAAACUUUGUUUUAAAAUAUGAGUUUUCUUUUUCCAAAAUACAAGGUUUCACUAACCACAUGGGAAGCUUAAAGUUUUAAAUAUAUACUCAGACAUGCGUUGUAACCCAGAUUCUGGGUAAAAACACCUCCCCCACCAACCUGAGGGAAUAUUUAUUGCAGACUUUUUGUUCAGCAAUAUUAGUGUUUAAAUGGAAGCUGGACAAUUGGGUCUUAAAACAUUUAUUUGUACAAAGAAUUAUAUAGAAACGUGAAGAUCUGUAAUUUAAUUUACUUACCACAUUGACGCUACUAAUUAUUUAGAAGUCAUACUAUAAUUUUGCUCAAAGUCAAAGGGAGGGGGGACAUUAGUGUAAGCAUUCAGUAUUCCACAUUUUAUGUGCCACUGUGUUUGAUGUCUGGUGACGACACAUAAGGACCAGGCUAGAAAAUAAAUAAAUACAUUUAUCCAGUUUCCUGAACUCUAUUUGGGGUUUUCAAAUCAGGAUUCUUUAUUUUAUACUCUUAGUGACAAUUCUUUUGCUAGCUAGUAAAAGGAUAUAUUUUUAUCCCACACUCCCAUCUUUAAAAAUUAAGGGAAACAUUGGCUUCCUCAGGACUUAGGAAAGCAGCAGAGGUCAGUUUUUAUAGAGUCCUUAGAAAACAGUCUCUCUGUGGUCCUCACAUAUCACUUGGCCUGUAGAGUUUGACCAUCCAGACAUUUUUUUUUCAUAGGAUGUUCUGGGUUUUUGUUAUACAUAGAAGAUGUGACACUGCUAGUCCUGCCUUUCUGUGGGCUCAGGCCAACCCUCUUCAGGCAAUACACUCACCUGUUACCAAUCCCUUCCCUGUUCAUCUACAUGCCCCAUUCCCUUCAUGCUAUUCACCACCAUCGAUGCACUUGGAGAGUCCAGCUUCUGGAAAUUCAUCCAGUCAUCUAUCACCUUCAGUAUCCCUGUACCAAGUCAACAGAGGUAGAGGAGGGUUAAUUGGCUUCCUUGUUUUCCAGUUGAGGGUCAGAGAAAACCAGUUCGAAGGCAUUGCUCCUUUGCCAGGAAGUUAGAGUGGUGCCAACUUCCAGUCGCCUCUUUCUUCCACAUGCAAAUCUGGUCUUUCUUCCAAGUAUUCAAGAUUAUAUAAAAAUCAACUUAAGAGAUAAUUGGAUGUAAAGAACAAAUGUCUGAGGCUGUGCUCAAACCCACACAACGGGAUCACCAUCCUGGUUGUAGUAGAUCUGUACUGUUUCGUUGACAGUUUUAAGUUAACUUCCGCUGAGUUCUCUGUUCUAACACAAGUCAAGUGCAGGGCUCAGCAGUUGUGUGUUAACUUAUCCAAUCCUCCAGACAACUCAGAGGCAUUGUAACUGCCAUCUUACAAAACUGGAAACGGAGGAGGAGACUAAAGGGUUCAACUUUCUACAGCAAGUUAAUACUGGAGUCGGCGUGUAGAGAAUGCCUCAAACAACAGAGUGGCACCUGCUUUAAAUUUUAUUUAGCUUCUUUUUGAGAUAGAGUGUCCCUACAUAGCAAGGCUGCUCUAGAACUCACGAUCCUGCUGCCUUAGCAUCCCUGUACCCACAUACUGGGGUUAUGGCUGUGUGAUGUCAUACUCUGCUUUAAUGUGCUGUUACUUGGUCCUACUCAGUGAAGUGAAUGUUUCUUAUUUUGUAAUCUCCUUUAGUUGUUGAAAAAAUGAAUUACAGGCAAUAUACCUGUAAUUAAAAUAAACCCAUUCAGUGCGCUAAUGAGAGGGAGAGAGAGCAAGAACAAGAGCCAGAAGGAGCAGCAAGAGUGAGAGAGUGGAAGGGAGAGAGAGAGAGAGAGACAGACAGACAGACAGA